AUGUGGUACUGUGAUGGGAUUGUUUUCGCCAAGACAUUCAAGUGGAUUUACACGGUGAUAUACCGUUGUACUGAGGAGCGGGAGCGGCGGGCGAGACUUGCCAAGAUGGAAAUCGACGUAGAGGCGCUGGGCGCCGAGGCCUUUCAGGAGCAGCAAAUUCAGGUGAUCGUGCCGACGACAGCCUGCAUCUACGUGCUGAUUGGUUACCUGAUCGGCGGCACCAUAAUGUUCGCCGAGUGGGAGAACUGGGGCUACCUGGACUCCUGUUACUUCUCCUUCACAUCCAUCCUCAAAAUCGGCUUCGGAGACUUCUUUCCAGGCGCCAACAACAGUAAGGCGGCGGAGGGCAACCAGCUGAAGCUGGUCAUCAACUUCAUGUACCUUCUGGUCGGCAUGGGACUGCUGGCCAUGUGCUACUACCUCAUGAAGGAGGAGGUCGUGCUCAAGGUGCGCGAGAUAAAGAAAUCCGCCCUGAAGAAAAUGUGGAACUGCUGCGGAAGAAUUUGGGGCCGGGAGGAGAACAAGAACUUCAAAAACUUCCACAACGCUGACGUCGCGUCCAUGCACUCACGAGGGAGGAAAUCAGUGCGACGCAGAUAGCCUGUGGUCGUGAGUCGUGAGGUCACGAGUGGUGGCACGUAAGGUCAGAGUGAAGGUCAUCUGAGGUCGGCCGAAAUUACCUCAGGUCACAAAAUCCAGUGGACAGAAGAGAAACAUGCCGCAUGGCAACUGGAGCGCUAUCUUCGCCGUAAAGUUCACGAUUGUGGACGGCAAUGCCAGCGCCGAAAAAUUGAAAAUGGACAGCGAUAUGAACAAAGGACAGGGCCCCAGGAGGCUAAGACCAAAAUGUACCUUCUUUUGUGAAAGUGAGUGCAGCGUUUGCGAACCACCGAUGAAAUACUGAACGAUCGUCCGGUGUUUGGUGGAAACGAAUGUCUUUGAACGUGACACUCGAACUUAGUGAAUCAGAGUGAAUGCAUCCAUCCACCGAACGUUAAUGACUGAGACUCAUUUCCACGCCUGGAUUUGUCUCAUUGCUCUUUGCACAAUGUUUUCAAUGAAGUGGUUUAACCGUUUAAGUGUAGACAUUAGACACUAACGCUUGGACCACGCAAGUGUCCUUUAUGCCUAUAAUAACGUGCAAACCUUUACUUGUUGUGGAUAAGUGAGCAUGUUUUAUUGCAUUUUGAGACGAACUUUGUAUGAAAUGUUCGACUUGGCAUGCCCUGAAGUAGAUUGGUUAAUCAUGGUGCAAUAUUUGACGUGCGUGAUUAAAUCCGUUCGAAGUUUCGGCCGGUGAUGGAGCUGAUGUUCCUGACGAUUUCGAAGAAUUUCCGUAAAAUGUAUGCCUCGAUGUGUUCAUCGUUCUUCAGUUUUGUUACCGAUCAAGGAAUAAGAACGAAUGGCUCACAGAUCGUAACCGUUUGACAGGUCUCUGAGCGUUGUAUGUAUGCAUGUAUGUAGGUAUGUUUGUGAAUGAAAAGUCAUUACCUGUGUUUAUACAUACAACAUGCCCUGUUAAAACAUUAUUCUGGUCACUUACGAGUUAUAUUUGAGAGACUGGUUAUUGGCGCACCAAGAAGCGUGCUACAUUCGGCAACUGAAAAUCAUAUAAUCGCUUGCCUUUUUGGUACUUAUUUUCGUGAUAUUUAUGAGACAUUUGUUCCGAAAUCGGAUCAAUGACCCAGCUAGUCAUUAAAAGUUAUAGGACGUACUUGACGGGUAUAUAAUAUACAUAUAUCUAUUUUGCAGUCGGCCCUUCACCAACACAGUAACCCGACAUCGUUUCCACAAAACCUCCAGAAAACGUAAACGAUCAAAGUCACAAACUGCUAAGUUCGGCGACAGCCAUAGAUCCAAAACAAUCCAGAGGCCAAUCUAACCAACAGAAAAAUAGCCGCCUACCGGAAUUUUUUGACUAAAGACCACUUCACUUCACAUACGGAGCGUAUAAAACCCUAUCCGCUUACGUGCCCAUCGCGUCUACGCUCUGUAUGUGAAGCGAUCUUUAGGCCAAAAAUUCCGGCAGGCGGCUAUAUAUCUUUCUGUUGGUGACACUAGCCUCUGAUCAGAGGGCCUAUCGGUUACCCACGCCUCUGAGAUACUUCUCCCUGUCACCGGGCCAAAUUCUCCGAGUGUUACCAACGAAACACAUGGACGCUCCGAGUGCCAUCGAUUCUGUGACGAAACAGAGCUCUCACGACACACAUCUCCCGUUCGAGUCUCGUACCCCGCAGUGACCUUGAUGGGUCGAUU